CCUUCCUUGCUUCCUCUCUUAGGGGACAUAAUGGGUCGUGCGCUAAAGAAUCUAGAUAACUUAUUACAGAUGCCAUCUGGCUGUGGAGAACAAAAUAUGAUCGUUCUUGCGCCCAAUAUUUACAUCCUCCAGUACCUGGAAGUCACUGGGCAGCUCACCCCAACCAUCCGACAGACUGCCAUUGGUUACCUUCAGAGCGGAUACCAAGGACAACUGAACUACAGGCACCGUGAUGGUUCAUACAGCACGUUUGGUACCGAUGCAUCCAAUACAUGGUUGACCACCUUCGUCAUGAGGUCUUUUGGCCUAGCAAGGCGUUUUAUCUUCAUUGAUCCCAGUGUCCUCCAGAGCGCAAAGGAUUGGCUGAUCGGCAAACAGGGUUCAGAUGGCUGUUUCAUGCAGCAGGGAACGCUGUACCACAAUGCCAUGAAGGGUGGUGUUGGUGAUAACGUGACCAUGACGGGCUACGUUGUUGUGUCGCUGCUUGAACUAGGUGUCCUUGUCACGGAUCCCAUCAUCACCAAUGCUCUGUCUUGCUUGAGGCCUGUCGUUGGGAACCUGGGAAACACUUACACCACGGCUCUGCUCGCCUACACCUUCAGUCUGGCUGGAGAGACCAGCACUCGAGCACAGCUUUUAAAUGCCUUGGACAAUGUUGCCAUUUCUGAAGGCACUAAGCUCCACUGGUCUCAGACUACAUCUGGUGACACUCUGGCGGUGGAGAUCAGCUCCUAUGUGCUGCUGGCGGUUCUCUCUGUACAGCCUCUCACGACUGCUAAUCUAGGCUAUGCUAACCGCAUUGUCAACUGGCUUGUGACCCAGCAGAAUCCUUAUGGAGGCUUUUCUUCCACCCAGGACACGGUGGUGGCUCUUCAUGCUUUGUCUCUGCUCGCCGCUGAAGUGUUCAGCCUGGAGGGCUCCAGCACUGUUACC